UAGAAAAAGAGAAAGAAAAUCUUGAAAGCUCUCAUCUUUAUUUAGGGUUUUCAACUUCUUCAACCAAAAAAGAACUCUGCUUUGGUCCUGCAUAUCUUGGAUUCACCUGAUUGAUGCAGAGGACUUGAUCUUCAAGGAUAGGAAAAGAUCCAAUCUUGAUCGGAUCUGGUGCAGCUAGUAAGCUUGUGUUUGUUUCUAUAGUUUAAGGUAGAAAAGGAUCAUAAUCUUGUUCUAGGUAACGAAAACAUGGGUUACAAUUGUGAUUAUUGUGGGGAGGCAAGAUCGAUGGUGUAUUGUCGAUCUGAUGCAGCCUACUUGUGUUUAUCGUGUGAUCGCAAUGUUCAUUCUGCGAAUCCGUUAUCAAAACGCCACAUGAGAACACUCGUGUGCGAUGUGUGUAAUUCACAGCCCGCACUCGUUAGAUGUGUGGAUGAAAAGGCUUCGCUUUGCCAGAAUUGCGAUUGGGUAGGUCACAACGGAGCUAGUUUAGGUGCAAGUACACAUAGUCGGCAGACCUUAAAUUGCUAUUCAGGCUGCCCAACGGCUGUCGAACUUUCUUCUAUUUGGCCCUUUAUGUCAGAAUCUUGUGAACAAGAAAUGGGUUCAAUGAGCAUUGCUGAUAACAGCCAAGAACCUUCUGAAAACGACAAUACUCAAGAUUCAUCUAUGCCGGUUGAGACCAGUGAUUUGCAGAUUGAAAAUAACUCGAAUGAUUGGAUGGGUUCGCUCCUCCAGGACGAUAAUAGGUCACAGGAUAUCUAUCGCCAAGGAAAACCGUUGAGUUCUUCUGCAAAUAAGAUAUCGUGUUCAGGGACAAAAGAUUCUGAAAAAGUUGCUGAUGAUGGACUCUAUGAUGAUUUCACCAUGGAUGAAGUUGACAUGAAUAUCGAGAAUUAUGAAGAACUCUUUGGUGUAGGCCAUAACGACCCGAAACAUCUUUUUGCAAAAGAUGGGAUCGAUAGCUUGUUUGGGAUGAGAGAAACGACGACAAAGGACUCUGCAAAUGCAGUAGAACCAGCAUGCAGUAACGCAGCCUCGGUGGAUUCGCUAAUGAGCUGCAAAACCGAACCGAACCCUUGUCACGCAAGGCAACUUUCGUUUUCAAGUCUCACCGGUGAUAGCAGUGGUGGCGAAUAUCAAGACUGUGGAGCUUCGCUUCCAAUGGGCGAGCCACCUUGGUGCACCCCUGGUCCUGGAAGCACCACCAUCAGGAGCGAUGCCGUCCUUCGUUACAAGGAGAAAAAGAAGAUGCGCAAAUUUGAGAAGAGAGUAAGGUAUGCAACACGAAAGGCGAGAGCCGAUGUGAGAAAACGUGUGAAAGGUCGGUUCAUCAAGGCGGGUGACGCUUACGAUUACGAUCCUAUGAGUGAAACAAGAAGCUUCUAAGAACAUAUAAACACAAAUCUCUUAGGGUUUCUGCAACUCUUUAGGUGGAUCAUAGCAGAGAGAUGAAGAAGACUGGUGAUGGUGAAUUGUUGCAUGUACAGAAUGGGAAUGGGAGGAGAUGUGUUUAAAUUACAGUUGAAGUUUAAUUAGGGUUUGAGUCUUGACAAUUUUAUGGUCCAUCUUUGGACUGGUUUUUAUGUUUUAAUUGUAUGUAGCUUUUUUGGGGAAGUUUUAAGGAUGCAAUUCUUGUUUGUCAAAAUUAAUAAUUUCGAGCAACGGGGACGGGCGUUUUCGUCAGCGAAUGUGGUGUAACCCGAGAAAGAAAUUCGAACUCGUAUAUGCCGAUGGUUAAAAUAGACUCGGUAAGAGACAACAAAAGAAUGUAUAGAAAACGGAACCGUUAACUCGCA